GCGUACCCAUGAAAACCGGUGUACACACAACUCGACCACGGAUGUCAUCAAAUAUGUAUUGGACUGGCUAGUCUAGCCAGAACAGUGAUGUUUGUUUUUGUUUAAGUUGACAUAAUGCGAGAGAGCCUAAGACGGCUGGCCUCUGACGACGCAAUGGCUCCACGAUCGUGUUCCGGAAGGGUCAGAGUCGAGCUGCUCACUGGCGAUCAUAUCACCAUUGAUGUUGCUAGAAAAGCCAGCGGAGGUGAUCUCCUGGAUGCAAUUUGUGAUGAUCUAGAUAUACUAGAGAAAGAUUACUUUGGACUACUACACGUUCACCGAAGUGAUCCUCGAGUCUGGGUAGACUUGAAAAGGAGGCUCUCCAAGACCUUUAGAAAUGAGCCUUGGGAGGUGAAGAUGGCGGUAAAGUUCUACCCCCCAGAACCCUCAGAGUUAAAUGAUGAGGCUUCCAGAUACCAGCUCGGGCUCGCAAUUAGGAGAGAUCUUAUAGAAUGUCGUCUCAAUUGUUCGACGAUCACAUACGCUCUGCUCGCCUCAUACGUGCUCCAAGCUGAACUGGGGGACAGAGAGGGGAGGGUAAAUGUCGCGGUGCUCACAGAACACCGCGCUGUUCCUCUGCAAGUAAUCACACCAGAUUUAGAGGAUAAAAUUGAUGAACUGUAUAGAAAACACAAAGGUCAAACUCCAGCUCAAGCAGAGUUGAACUAUCUUGAGAACGCAAAAAAACUGGCCAUGUACGGAGUUGAGCUGCAUAGUGUGAAGGAUUCAGAGGAUGUGGAGAUCGAACUCGCUGUCUGCGCGGCUGGAAUCUCCGUGUUGAGAGAUGGUUUGGUGAUGAACCGGUUCCCCUGGGCGAAGAUACUCAAGAUCAGCUACAAUAAACGCACAUACACGUUGAGAUUGAGGUCCAGCGAGUUCGACGAGUUCGAAACUCACGUCAGCUUCAAGUUGGCUUCGACUCGCUCCAGUAAACGACUCUGGAGAUGCAGCGUUGAGCAUCACAUGUUCUUCAGGUACACAACUCCAUUCGAACGAGCUAUCAAAUCAAAGAAUCCAAGUCCAGUUCCAAUACGCGCGACGCCGGUGCCGGUGGAGCGCGUGUCGGGCUGGCCGCGGCUGGGCGCGCGCCGCGUGUCGUGCCGCCGCACGCUGCGCCAGCUGCGCGAGCCCACGCUUUGUGUGAAAUAA